CCGAUGGUACGCUGGACUGCAUCAGCAUGGCCCUGACCUGCACCUUCAACCGCUGGGGCACGCUGCUCGCCGUGGGCUGCAACGACGGGCGCAUCGUCAUCUGGGACUUCCUGACCAGGGGCAUCGCCAAAAUCAUAAGCGCUCACAUUCACCCCGUCUGCUCGUUAUGCUGGAGUCGAGAUGGUCACAAACUGGUGAGUGCUUCGACCGAUAACAUUGUGUCCCAGUGGGAUGUGCUUUCCGGAGACUGCGACCAGAGAUUUCGAUUUCCCUCGCCUAUCUUGAAAGUUCAGUACCACCCUCGAGACCAAAACAGAGUUUUGGUUUGUCCCAUGAAGUCGGCGCCGGUGAUGCUAACGCUGUCAGACUCCAAACAUGUUGUCCUACCUGUGGAUGAUGAUUCUGAUCUCAAUGUUGUGGCCUCCUUUGACAGGCGAGGGGAAUACAUUUAUACGGGCAAUGCCAAGGGGAAGAUCUUGGUCUUAAAAACAGACACUCAGGAUCUUGUUGCUUCCUUCAGAGUGACAACUGGAACCAGCAACACCACAGCUAUUAAAUCGAUUGAAUUUGCACGGAAAGGAAGCUGCUUUUUAAUAAACACAGCUGACCGGAUAAUCAGGGUCUAUGAUGGCCGUGAAAUUCUAACUUGUGGACGAGAUGGGGAGCCUGAACCAAUGCAGAAGCUGCAGGAUUUAGUGAACAGGACACCGUGGAAGAAGUGCUGUUUCUCUGGUGAUGGCGAAUACAUAGUGGCAGGUUCAGCACGGCAGCAUGCCCUCUACAUUUGGGAGAAGAGUAUUGGAAACCUAGUGAAAAUCCUCCACGGGACCAGAGGAGAGCUGCUCUUGGAUGUAGCAUGGCAUCCUGUGCGACCGAUCAUAGCUUCUAUUUCGAGUGGUGUUGUGUCAAUAUGGGCUCAGAAUCAAGUGGAAAACUGGAGUGCCUUUGCGCCUGACUUCAAAGAGCUGGAUGAAAAUGUAGAAUAUGAAGAGAGAGAGUCAGAGUUUGACAUUGAAGAUGAAGAUAAGAGCGAACCAGAACAAACAGGUGCUGAUGCUGCAGAAGAUGAAGAAGUGGAUGUAACUAGUGUGGAUCCCAUUGCUGCCUUCUGUAGCAGCGAUGAAGAACUGGAGGAUUCCAAGGCUCUGCUUUACUUACCCAUUGCUCCUGAAGUUGAAGAUCCCGAAGAAAACCCCUAUGGACCUCCGCCAGAUGCGGUUCAGAGUUCUUUAACAGAUGAGGGAAUAGGUUCUGAGAAGAAGAGGCAGUCCUCCUCUGAUGGACCUCAGGCACCAAAGAAGAAGCCCAAAACCACCAACAUUGAACUACAAGGAGUACCUAAUGAUGAAGUCCAUCCGCUGCUGGGUGUGAAGGGAGAUGGUAAAUCCAAGAAGAAGCAAGCAGGCAGGCCUAAAGGAUCAAAAGGUAAAGACAAAGAUUCUCCAUUUAAACCGAAACUCUACAAAGGGGACAGAGGUGCUUUACCUCUGGAAGGAGCAGCGAAGGGUAAAGUGCAGGCGGAGCUGGGACAGCCUUUGACAGGUGGUGCAAUCUCAGAAUUGUUAUGA